AUGGCUACAGAAAACCAUGGCAGGCCGGCUGCCGCUGCCGCUGCCGCUCCCAAUGCGCCGCCUCCCUCCACGCUAGCCGCGCAGCUGGUUGAGAAUAUUUCGGCUUCGACGAAGUCCACGCGAUCCGACGAAAAUGCCGAGCUGAAGAGGCUGUUUGCCGUGAUCGAGAAGGUCAAGAACAAGCCCGAACUGCUAGUAAACGCCGAGCAGAGAGCGGAUCACAACCACAUGCUCAUUUACGUCUACGCCCGCGUCGUCCUCGAAGGAAUCAAGCUUGACGAUCCGUUUGCCGACCGGAACCACUUGCGGAACGAGGCGCUGAAGGCCAUAAAUUUCUUGAAGGUCACAAUAGAAGAGACACCGAAUGUCUUGAACCAUACUACAGAUGGGAAACAAUUCGUUUUCCGCGGGGAGGAGCCUCUUUGGAUUUGGGUCUUCCCCAAGAUCCUUCGGUUGCUGGGCCACUCUCGGUGCCUCGAGCUGACGAGAGACUUUGAGGGGUUCUUCCGAUUUGUGAUCCUCGUGGUGCUUCGUACGGGAUCUAUGUGGAAGACUCUCCCGUCCAUGUUACUGUACUUGCGUGAGACCAGCAGGGCUCUCUUAAAUCGCUUGCAAGAUAUGGCACCGACUACAACUGGAAAAGACGAUACUGUACGCAUGACACUGCCUUCUGAUGGUACACUGGAGCUCUUGUUAGGAAAGCCAGGCACCAUCUUUGUCCAACAAACCACAUAUACCAUCCAAUAUGUCUCCCAGUGCAUACAUCAAGCAACGACGUUGACCUCGGCCUUGGCGCACCCCUCAAUCUCCAAAUCUCCGGGUCAGGUGUCACGACCAGCUUUGUCCGAACUGACACCUUGGUUGCUUGAUUCUUUGCUUUCCCUUCGUGCUGUGCAGAACACAUGGCAGGCCGUCGUGCUAGGCCCUCGAGCUCACUUGCUCAAUAUUGCUCUGAACCUGCUCCCAGACAAGCCGCGUCCUGGCAAGAAAUCAUUUGUCUCACAGAAGGCGUAUACUGUCCUAGGAUUGCUCUGUGCUGAGCUUGCGGCACAUCCCGAUGAAAUACUGGAGACGAAUGAUUCGAGCCUGGCGGCGAGAAAGACGGUCUCGCUGGCGCUCAUACGACUAGCGCAUGCAUCGCUUGUAGAUCGAGAAAUUGGCAGACUAGCAGCACCCAAAAUUGUCUGCCCGUUGGAGUACUGCGUGGAAAUCCCUUCACUCGCUGAGGCCCAUGACUUCAUACGUUCCAUCCGAGUUCUGAAGCAAACAUCUGUAUCCGUGGUCCCAAAAGCCCUCGACUCCGAAACCCAACCCGCUUGUUUCUUUGACGCCGACUUGCGUCAGGCAGUGGAAGACCUUGGUUUCAAGGAUCGUGUUGAUACCACGGAUCGUGCCGCUGACGAUGCAGAACCCGCUCCCAAGCGGCUCAAGGUCUCUUCAGGUACCACUGAGCUCCAAAAGUUGAUCUCGCGUAUCUAUGAAAUCUGCCAAGCGGAUGAGAUUGAGGAGAACGGAGGGCUGGAACAUGUUCUCGUACACCAAUACCCUGAACUCAGCGAAGAUGACCAGUGUCGAGCCAUCGACCUUGUAUCCCGCAUAUGUUGCAUCGUGGAUAUGGCAGCGACUGUUGACGGUGAUGCAAGCAUUAGCGGAACCAAGAGCCUGAGAUGCGUAUUUUGUGAUCAGAAAUCCAGGGGCUCUCAAAGGCUCAACGUGACAACGGCCGAAGAAAAGAGGGAGGCUCAAUCUAUUUUCACGAAACUCAUCCACAUCCAUUGCUUCAAGGAGUCGAGGCGCCCGAGGAUCGUUGCGAUGAUCUCUGCCAGACGAAUCAUCAAUCACGCCGAUGUCACGGAGCUCAUCGACCUCGAAACCUCUCCUCUGGGACAAUGGUGUCUGCAAAGCCUGCACAGCUCCAUUAGAGAGCUCAGAAUUGCUUCGGGACGCGCUCUUCCUCUGUUCCUAAAAGACAAUAACUUGGAGGCGCUCGACUCGACUGUGAUCAUUCGCAACCGGAAGAAUGCUCUUAGUCUGCUCAAAGCCGCCUCCGAGAAGGACGCAGUAAUCUUCCACGAAAGCGGAAUUUUGGCAUGGGCCCAGCUUGGACGAGUCGUGACUGGAGACGAGCUCAACCUUGUUCUGCACAAGUUGCUUGAGUACCUCGGUAGCAUCAACAGUCUGAUCGCAUCCUGUGCCUUCAACGAGAUUCUCAACCUAGCAUCUGCCCUGAACACAUCACCACGUCGUCUCUUUGAGCCCUUUUGGAGGAACCUUGCAUACUUCGCUGUGAAGGACAUGCAAGCUCGCCCGCAAAUUUGCCGCGCAAUUGCCGAUCUGCUGCAGAUAUCAGUCACUGACUUUCUGCUGCUGAUCCAAACGCAUGCGUUACCUUGGCUGGUACUAAUGAAAAAGAAAGAGGUGAUUCAGAAAAUCGCAGAGGCGCGAGGAGAAAGAGACAUAUGGGUCCCUAUCCUGGACCCUGCCAACGCUGGCCCCAUUAUUGCGCUGUUGCUCAUUCAAGACGUCCGAAAUAUCGAGGAGUUUGUCAUGUCUAGACUUGUCGAGGUGUCCUCUCAUCUGGAGACAUUCAGCUUGGUUGAGCUCGUACAAUCAGAAGUUUGCACCAUCGCCCUGGAGCUUUUCAAGGCUGCCGGGGAGGCGGAUGAAGCACGGAAACCCCGUAUAAUCGAGGCAUUGACAUCGUUCUGUUCCAUGAUGAUGAUCGCAAAUAAAGAUUCAAGACCAAAGAAGGGCAACACUAUUGGGAGAUAUUUACAGAGGAACAUACUUGCUCUCAUGGCUCGACUAGCGGAUGUCAUCAAUGACGUGCCACUUGUAUUUCCUCCACCCGAAGAACAGAGGCGUUGCAUACGUGCCUUGGAGGAGAUGAUCAGACUUUGCAAAGCCUAUGUUCGGGUCGCACGCCCACAGAUUUCCGCAUGCUUGCUAUCAGCUCUGGCUCAGGACGAUCUAAGGGAAGCAGCGUUCUCUUGUUGGACGGCCCUACUGACAUGUCUCGAGCCGGAAGACGUCGAGGCUCUGAUUGAGACCACAUUCUUCGUCAUUAGUCACUACUGGCCGCUCUUGAGUGAUGCCUCUCGACUUAUGGCUAAGAAUUUGAUCAGAAUGUUGAUCACGGACUUCAGUGAUAGCCUUACUGAAUACAUCAACAAAGUGCCUUCAUUGGCUCACAUAACAGAGUUGGCAGAUGUUGAAGCGGAACUCAAAGCGGCGCGUCCAGUUCUUGACAGCAGGAAAGCCUUUGCCCUCUUCGCUGAGCGCAUAUCUCACGAGAACUCGGGUGUCGUAUUACAGGCAUUGACAGAGCUCGAGGCCUACCUUAAACAGGGUGGAGGCUUCCUCCAGACUUCUGCCAUCAGCCAACAGCCUGACCCGGUCGUCCCCAUAUUGCUCCGAGCCUUGCUAGACUGCGCAGCGAAGUACAGUGCUAUGCACCAGUUUGACAUUGCCAGUCUUUGCACGCAGUGCAUUGGCCUGGUGGGCUGCCUCGACUCUAAUAGAGUCGAAGCGCCUCGAGAGCAAAAGUCAAUGGUCAUCUUGAGCAACUUUGAGAGCGCGGACGAGACUACCGACUUCGUGCUGUUCAUCUUGGAACAGAUUCUCGUCAAGUCUUUUCUGUCCACGACAGAUACCAAACUCCAAGGCUUCCUUGCCUUUGCCAUGCAAGAACUGCUCGACCGGGUGGACGUCAAGGCGGCAUUGGCGAUGAAAGAAACUGGAAUGCGUGAUGGCGGUAGCAUCUACAGAAAAUGGCUGGCAUUGCCAGAGAGCGACCGCAUGGUCUUGACACCAUUCCUCACCUCCAAAUAUCUCUUGACACCUAUGAAUGUGGCACCAGUCGAGUAUCCUAUCUUCCGCCCAGGGAAGCCCUACGGAAACUGGGUGCGCUCAUUCAACAUGGAUCUCUUAGGCAAGGGACAAAACGGACACGCGGAUCUCAUCUUUGAACCACUGUGUCGCACCAUCAGGGUCAAGGACUUAGCUGUUGCUGAAUUCCUGCUGCCAUACUUAGUGCUUCAUGUCAUCAUAGGUCACCGGAGCUCGCGAAAGGACCGCGAUAAUGUCAUUGGAGAGCUGGUUGGCAUUCUCCAGCACUCACCCGCAGACAACGCGCCAUAUUCGGAACGGGAAGACAUGAAGCUGUACUGCGAGGCUGUCUUCAGAGCUCUCGACUACGCGAGCAGGUGGCUCCAAGAAAAGGACGCAAGGCGCAAGACUGAUGCCGACCUGCCCGCGAUAGCACGUGUCCAGGAAUUGCUGAGCGUCAUCCCGCCAGUGCUCAUCUCUCAACGUGCGAUGGAUUGUAGAGAGUACCCGCGAGCGCUCUUUCACCUUGAGCAGCAUGCUCAGCAAAUGGAGGUUGCGCAGAGCGACCCAGGACAGAAAAAGCAACUGCUCGAGCAGCUGCAGGAUAUUUACACCCAGAUCGAUGAGCCUGACGGCCUUGAAGGGAUUUCCGCUCAUCUGCACGUUUUGGACAUCAACCAGCAAAUUCUCAGUCACAAGAAGGCAGGCAGAUAUACUGCAGCUCAAACCUGGUACGAAAUCAAAUUGGCAGAGGAGCCUAACAGCAUCGAUGUGCAAGUCGAUUUGCUCAACUGCCUGAAGCAGUCUGGCCAACACGACGUACUGCUCAAUUAUGUUGAAGGUAUGCGGACAGAACCUUCAACAGAAAACAGAAUUGUGCCAUACGCAGUCGAGGCAGCAUGGGCGACGAGGAGAUGGGAUACUUUGACCAAGUACACCAGCCGAUUCCACGGAAGUCACUUGGAGGAUUUCAACGUCAGCAUCGCCAAACUGUUCAACGCCCUGAGACAAAGAGAAGCCGGCAGCGACACGUUUCCUCAGAUGUUGCAGAGUAUGAGAGAAAAGAUAGCUUCCGCCAUGACACACGCGGCGACGUCUUCUUUGCAGGCCUGCCACGACUUGAGACUCAGGUGCCAUGUACUCACCGACCUCGAGAUCAUUGCCGGGACUCAAGCUUCGGAGGGUGAGGCACACCAAGAAGUUCUGACAAUGCUCAAUCGUCGUCUCGAGGUUCUCGGGGCGUACGUAGGCGAUAAGCAGUACUUGUUGGGCAUCCGCAGAGCAGCCAUGGAACUUUCAAGACCCAAGUUUUCCGAUCUAGACAUUUCUUCGUCAUGGCUGUCAAGCGCUCGGUUGGCUAGAAAAGCCAACUCAACUCACCAGUCAUUCAAUGCCGUGCUUCAUGCCUCCCAACUCGGUGAUGGAGCUGCGGUCAUCGAGAACGCUCGGCUCCUGUGGAAAGAUGGCCACACGCGCAAGGCGAUCCAAGUUCUGCAGGGUGCCAUUGAAUCAAACAACUUCAUGACGCAGACCAACAGCUCCUCUUCCAUCCGUGGCAUGGAUGCUCAGCAGAGGCAGUUGACAGCUAGAGCUCAACUAAUGCUCGCCAAAUGGCUAGAUGCUGCCGGCCAGACGAACCAUCUGACCCUGCGUGAGAAAUAUCAACAACCCCCUCUGACAGCCAGCACUUGGGAAAAGGGCCACUACUACUUGGGCCGCUAUUACAAGAAAGUGCUGGAAUCUGAGAAAACGCUCAAGGCCGACGAUCAAAGCGACGCCUGCAUUCAGGGCGAAUACACGAGACUCGUCAUCGAAAAUUACCUUCGGUCGCUAAACCACGGCACCAAAUAUCUCUAUCAGACCUUGCCGAGGAUUCUGACGCUGUGGCUUGACUUCGGAGCACAGGUUGACAAGGCUCCUGAAGGCAAAGUUUCAAUGUCCCGUGAACUCCAUAGAAGGCGAACGGAUCAACUGAAUCUCCUUCACCGGUUCCUCGACAAGUCUAUUGCCCGGCUACCGGCCUACAUAUUUUACACGGUACUUCCACAAGUUGUAGCAAGAAUUGCUCAUCAGAACCAGAAUGUCUAUGAGCGCUUGACACACAUUGUCAUCAAGGUCGUACAAUCCCACCCUCGACAAGCUCUGUGGAGUCUGUUCGGUAUCAUGACAACAAGACAAGCUUCAGAACGUCGGGUGAGAGGCCAACAGAUCUUGCAGGCGUUGAGGGGCUCCACGAGGAAGGUUGAAGGCAGCAGCUACGAUCUCAAGCAGCUCUUGAGAAUGGGCGAGAAGCUCGCAGAGCAGCUCCUGUUGGCUUGCAACAACGGCGAUUUCCAGAGCAACAGGACGACUGUGGCGAGCAUCACGCGCGAUUUGAAUUUUAAUCACAAAUGCACACCUUGCCCUUUGGUGGUGCCCAUCGAGUCGUGUCUAGCGGCUGCCUUGCCGACGCUGACUGAUAAUGUCAAGAACCAUAAGGCUUUCUCACGAGACGUCAUUACGAUCGACUCCUUCCUAGACGAGGUGCUGGUUCUGGGAUCUUUGGCCAAGCCGCGAAGACUCACCGCACGCGGAACAGACGGAAAAAACUACAUGCUCAUGAUCAAACCCAAGGAUGAUCUACGGACCGAUCAGCGUCUGAUGGAGUUUAACAGCAUGAUCAACAGAUCGCUGAAGCGGGAUCCCGAGGCCAGCAGACGCCAGUUGUACAUCAAAACAUAUGCAGUUGUGCCUUUGAACGAGGAGUGCGGUAUCAUCGAAUGGGUGGAUGGGUUGAAGACACUCCGUGAGAUUCUUUUGGAUCAGUACAAAGCCCGCCAGGUACACCCCGACUACAACCAGAUCAAGCGGUUGAUGGCUGAGGCCGUGACGGGGCCGAACAACAUCAAGAUGUUCACCGAGGGCGUCUUGGGGACGUUUCCGCCCGUGCUGCAGCACUGGUUCGUCCAGCGGUUCCCUCACCCGUCGACUUGGUUCUCCGCGCGACUCAAGUACACCCGGUCUUGCGCUGUCAUGUCGAUGGUGGGCACGAUCCUCGGACUCGGUGAUCGACACGGCGAGAACGUGCUGCUGGAGCGCGACAACGGCGGCAUAUUCCACGUGGACUUCAACUGCCUCUUCGACAAGGGCCUGACAUUUGCGCAGCCGGAGAAGGUACCAUUCCGCCUGACGCACAACAUGGUGGCAGCAAUGGGCAUCUACGGAUACGAGGGUCCCUUUCGGCACUGCAGCGAGCUGACAUUGGGGAUCCUACGGCAGCAGGAGGAGACGUUGAUGACGAUCCUCGAAGCGUUCAUCUACGAUCCCACUCUGGAUCUGCAGAAGGAGAAGAAGACGAGCCGUCGGCAGGACGGGGCGCCUAGGAUGCAGCCGCAGCUCGUCGUCGACAGCAUCAAGCGCAAGGUCAAGGGACUGAUGGGGCAGGACGCGAUUCCGCUAGGCGUGGAAGGCCAGGUGGAGGAGUUGAUCAAGCAGGCCGCUGAUCCGAGGAAUUUGGCGGCCAUGUACAUCGGUUGGUGCCCAUUCUUGUAA